CCGGCAGCAGCUCUGUUUGGAAGGUAAAACACGGGAUGGCAGCGCCGAAGAAAGUCUGCGUGGUUGGCUCUGGUAACUGGGGUUCUGCCAUUGCCAAGAUUGUGGGUGCCAACGCAGCCAAGUAUGACAAGUUUGACAAAACAGUGAACAUGUGGGUUUUUGAGGAGAUGGUGAAUGACCGUAAACUCACAGAAAUCAUCAACACAGACCAUGAAAACGUGAAAUAUCUGCCUGGUCACAAGCUGCCCCCCAAUGUGUUGGCUGUUCCAGACUUGGUUGAGUCUGUGAAAGGAGCCGACAUCCUGAUCUUUGUGGUCCCUCACCAGUUCAUCGUGAGAAUAUGUGAUACCAUUAAAGACCACAUCAAGAAAGACGCUGUAGGAAUGUCUCUCAUCAAGGGUGUCGAUGCAGGUCCAGAGGGUCUGAAGCUGAUCUCAGAGGUCAUCCGAGCGAAACUGGGCAUCACUAUGACGGUCCUCAUGGGAGCGAACAUCGCCAACGAGGUCGCUGAGGAGAAAUUCUGUGAAACAACGAUUGGGUGCAAAGACAAAACAACUGGACCCAUACUGAAGGAGCUAAUGCAGACUACCAACUUCCGUGUGACUGUGGUGGAAGAGUCCGAUGUGGUGGAGAUCUGUGGCGCGCUCAAGAACAUUGUAGCAGUGGGAGCAGGUUUCUGUGAUGGCCUGGGGUUCGGCGACAACACCAAAGCAGCGGUGAUUCGUCUCGGCCUGAUGGAGAUGAUUGCCUUCGCCAAGGUCUUCUGCACAAACUGCCCUGUCUCCCCCGCUACCUUCCUGGAGAGCUGUGGCAUCGCUGACCUCAUCACGACCUGCUACGGCGGACGCAACCGCAAGAUUGGGGAAGCUUUCGCCAAAACUGGCAAAAGCAUUGAGCAGUUAGAGAAAGAGCUGCUGCACGGCCAGAAGCUUCAAGGUCCAGCGACUGCGAGCGAGGUCCACCAAGUCUUGAAACAGAAAAACAUGGUGGAAAAGUUUCCUCUGUUCACUGCUGUUUACCAGAUCUGCUUCAACAACCACCCCGUCACAGAGUUCAUCAAAUGUUUGCAGAACCACCCAGAGCACAUAUAGAGGACUGACAUAAGAACUGAGGAGUGGGUGGAAAUUGAGACAGAACUUAUACACUAGCAGUACUGUAUAACCCAGGAGUUUUUCUUUUUUUGGCGGGGGGACUCUUAACAAAAAAAUGGAGUGGAGUGCCCCUCCAACUGCCUGACCUGAUGUGGUUAUUUAUUCUAAACAUACAUGUCACCAGUCAUUGCAUACAUCUACCAAGUCUUAAAAGAUGGAACUAUUUGAAUUUCUUUGUCUUAUGCAAUACAAAAACCUUGACCUCAGUGUUAUAAAAUGUUACAUAAUUUCUUGGGUAAAAGUGCCUUGACUUGCCAUUUCUCUUAAACAAAGCACAGUAAUCACUCCCACUGUGCUGCUUUUACUUUGGAUAUCUUAAGUUUUAACCAGUUAUUUA